CGCUACCCGGCGGAACCAGGGAGGCCCGCGAGUCGCUGGGGGAAGCGGGGCAGAGACCCAGCGCAGCCUGAAAGCAGGGCGCAGAUCCCGCAAAUCGAGCCCUGCAGAUCGGAGUCCGCACAACAGAGCUGGGGCCUGGAGGACCUUACUCCACCUGCAGCCCUGGGCAGAAGAGGCAGUGUUACUCCCAAGAAUUGGGGCUUAUCAACUCUAACUCUAACCAUGCUAUUAGCUGAGACUGAAAGCAACAGAAAUCCACUCAAGGGUGGGAGCGUGUGAAGGGGCUCUCUGUUCCUGAAAGAGGGCCUCCAUCAUGGCCUCCAUGUUGCUCACCCGGCGGCUGGCCUGCAGCUUCCAGCGCAACUAUUGCCUGCUUGUGCCCGGAUCCCGACAUAUCAGUCAGGCUGCAGCCAAAGUCGAUGUUGAAUUUGAUUAUGAUGGGCCUCUGAUGAAGACGGAAGUCCCAGGGCCUAGAUCUCAGGAGUUAAUGAAACAGCUGAAUAUAAUUCAGAAUGCAGAGGCUGUGCAUUUCUUCUGCAAUUAUGAAGAGAGCCGAGGCAACUACUUAGUUGAUGUGGAUGGCAACCGAAUGUUGGAUCUUUAUUCCCAGAUCUCCUCUGUCCCCAUAGGUUACAGCCAUCCUGCUCUCCUGAAACUCGUCCAACAGCCUCAAAAUGCGAGCACAUUCAUCAAUAGACCUGCCCUGGGAAUCCUGCCUCCAGAGAACUUUGUGGAGAAGCUGCGGGAAUCCUUGCUCUCAGUGGCUCCCAAAGGGAUGUCCCAGGUCAUUACCAUGGCCUGCGGCUCCUGCUCCAAUGAAAAUGCCUUCAAGACCAUCUUCAUGUGGUAUCGGAGCAAGGAAAGGGGUCAAACGGGUUUCUCUAAAGAGGAGCUGGAGACGUGCAUGGUCAACCAGGCCCCUGGCUGCCCAGACUUCAGCAUCCUCUCCUUCAUGGGUGCAUUCCAUGGAAGGACCAUGGGUUGCCUAGCGACCACACACUCCAAAGCUAUUCACAAGAUUGACAUUCCUUCCUUCGACUGGCCCAUUGCACCAUUCCCACGGCUGAAAUACCCUCUGGAGGAGUUUGUGAAGGAGAACAAACAAGAAGAGGCCCGCUGCCUAGAAGAGGUAGAGGAUCUGAUUGUGAAAUAUCGGAAAAAGAAGAAAACAGUGGCCGGGAUCAUCGUGGAGCCCAUCCAGUCUGAGGGUGGAGACAACCACGCAUCUGAUGAUUUCUUCCGGAAGCUGAGAGACAUCUCCAGGAAGCAUGGCUGUGCCUUCUUGGUGGAUGAGGUCCAGACAGGAGGGGGCUGCACUGGCAAGUUCUGGGCCCAUGAGCACUGGGGCUUGGAUGACCCUGCAGAUGUGAUGACCUUCAGCAAGAAGAUGAUGACUGGGGGCUUUUUCCACAAGGAGGAGUUCAGGCCAAAUGCUCCAUACCGGAUCUUUAACACCUGGCUGGGAGACCCGUCCAAGAACCUGCUGCUGGCCGAGGUCAUCAAUGUCAUCAAGCGGGAGGACCUGCUGAAUAACGCAGCCCAUGCUGGGAAGGCCCUGCUCACAGGGCUGCUGGACCUCCAGACCCGGUACCCCCAGUUCAUCAGCAGAGUAAGAGGACGAGGCACCUUCUGCUCUUUCGACACUCCAGAUGAAUCCAUACGGAAUAAACUCAUUUUAAUAGCCAGAAACAAAGGUGUGGUGUUGGGGGGCUGUGGUGACAAAUCCAUUCGUUUCCGUCCCACUCUGGUCUUCAGGGAUCACCAUGCACACCUGUUCCUCAAUAUUUUCAGUGACAUCUUAGCUGACUUCAAGUAAAGAAGCCAUUUCCACUACACUCUGGAAAGCCCUGAUCUCAACAGUUGUCAAAUUGAUUAGUUUGCCUAAUUUGUGUUUUCACUUAAAGUAUCAGAAGUGAAUGUAAAAACUGGAGGGUGGCUUGUGGGGAAGGGAGAGGAUGGAGGGUCUGGUUUUGGUUUUCCUCUGUGCAGAGCCAAUAGUGACCAGUGGUCUAUGCUCAGCUUGUACUUGAGCUCCAGUCUUAGGAUGGGCCAUGAGCACCCCAGCCAUUUAUGUGCCCACUCUGAACAGCUACAAUUUCCUUGGAAUCCAGCCACAGGAAUGACACCUGCUACUGGGAAGGGUAGCUGAAACUCCUGGGUUCCAGUCCCUCUCAAGUGCCAUAUUCUAUCAUCAAGGAUGUUGGCUCACUUGCCCUAUGCAAACAUAUUCACCCCUCACCCAACCCCUGGAACUCCGAGCAUGUCCCAAGCACAAUCCAGUGAAGGACAGGACAGAUCAUAUGAAGGCAGGAUUGUAGGAAUGUUAGAAUUGAGCUAGGGGUGUGGAAAGGGGGUCUUCUCAAGACUUCGACCACUUAUCCAAGUGCAUGUGGGGAUUGCUCUAAACUGUGACUUCUGUCCUGGAUGGGGCUUUGGAGACUGCCCAGAUGGCAUCAUGGAUGCUUCUUACUUGACAUCCACCAUCCCCCCAAGCUCUUUCCCCCUGUUAAACGUCAACUGAGGCCUCUGGAAACAAAACUGCAGCUUGAGAAGGGGGCACACAGGGGCACACGUGAGCUGAAGGAUCAGAAGCACAAGAAGCUCAUGCUCCCUGGAACAUGAGCCCAGGGCCUGGGACAGGUGACUUCUUCCUGUCUCUGAGUCAACUGGGGUCUGCUUUUUGGACUCCUCACCCAGGAGGCUCUUUCUCUAGGUUUUGUUUACCCUUUUCUUUGCUCCACUUCUGAGCAACCAUAGGAAUAGCUUUGCUACUCUAUCAAAGGCAGUCAGUUGCUAAACGAGAUUCUUCUUGAGGGAAGCAUGAUGAAUUAAAGGCACCAGAGGUCCAUGAAGGAAAAAAAUCAGGCUGUUGGUUCAAGGUGGUUUCCUUGUCUUUGCCACUCCAGUCAGAGGUUUUUCUAACGGGAACAAGUGUGGAGAUUACCAGGCACGUGGUACUUGAAGGCUUAAAUGCACCUUGGCUGAAGCUAAAGGAACGCUCCUGAAAUACAGACUUUCUUGGAACUGAUUUAAGUUCCUACCAUCAGGCUCCUAAAAGGAGCAGCUGGUAGUCCCACAGCACUGAGGACUGUUUGGCAGGGAGAUGAAGAAAGUCUGGCUUUUUAUGUUCUCUCUCCAAAAGAUAGCCACUUCAUCUCCCAAUGCUUUGCUUGCCCAUUUGAAAAGAUGGACAUAUCAAGGUUCUCCAUUCAGCACUUUGCUCUUUUAAUAAUCAUCCAAAGAUCUCAAAGCGGUUUCUUUCAGCUUGUACUCUUUAACGGACUUGGUCUUCCACCUGAUUUUAUUGAGAAGGAAAGGCACUAACAUGCCUAACAGGCACAGACAGAUCUUUGAGUUCCCGUUCACUUUGCAUUCUUGCAGUCAGUGCUGUCACUGCUUUAAAGGAGUUCUGCUGUGUUUAAGGCCAUUGACCCUGAUGACUAAGUGGAGAUCUAUGCUUUCCCCUUUCGGUGAGGUUUCACUUUUUUGUAUAUUUAUUAAGUCAUUCAUUCAUGAAACUAGUACUGAACACCUGCUCUGUCCCAGGCCUAGUGCUAAGCACUAGGAUUACAAAUGUGAAAUAAAACGUGGUCCCUGCUCUCAAGGGAUUCACAUCUCAUUGUGGACAACACACUCUUAAACCCAUAAUUAAAGCUGAGUGGCAAGUUCUGUGACAAAGGUAUGUACAGGAGCAUCAGGAAAUCAGAGGGAGUGCCCCAAUCCACCUAAGGAUCAGAGGAGGUUUCAAGAAGAAAGUCACAUUUGAAUAGGAUAUUGCAGAAUGAGCAAGAGUUCACCAAACAGACAAGGCAAGGAAAAGUGCUGCAGAAAGGGAAUACCAUGUGCAAAGGCCUACCAGUUCAUGGUCUCAUACCUUUCACUAGGGAUCCAGAUUUCACAGGCAACAGUCCAGAAUUCAAGGCCUUGUUCAACAAACAAACAAAAUGGAACCCAAACCAUAAUUCUUAUAUUGGCAUAAGUAUGGUAUCUUCUGAGGACUUUAGCACUGGAUGCAAACAUAUAAGGGUUUUGAAAUCCAGAAGGUUUUUAAACUAAGGCACAACCAGAAAGUUGGCAAUUUGGUGGAGAGUGGCUCCAAUGUUUUGUUCUCUCCCCAGAGGGCACUGACAGAAAAUGAAACCACUUUAUCUAGAAAAUCAUGUCCAGACUUAUGCGCUCCUUACCAAAGGAAGUUAUUCUUGUAAAACUUUUUAAGCUGUUUACCAAGUUCUUACUGGCUUGGAGCAUAAAGAGUUCCUGAGACAUCUGCUUUUGGGAGGGUCUGGAUGGGAAAAUGUCAAGGAAAAGAAUUCCCAGCACAGCUAAAGAUCGUAGGAACUUGGAAGAGGCUGCGGAAAACUCAGGGUGGCUGGGCGCAGUGGACAGGGUACCUUGUAAGGCAGAGCCCAGGGAGAAGUGCUUCUGUGGUGAGGGACUGGAAAUGGAUCCAUCACACAUUAGUGCCAUAGAGUUUAGUAAACGUCUCUAGCAAAUCUCGUCUCUUUUACAGAAAAUAAGGUCCAGUAAUAGUGCGUCUUAUCAUAUCCUCCCUUUUAUUAUAAAUGGAUUUUUUUAUAAUUUUUACUGACAGUAACCAUGCAAAACUGUGCACAUUAAUAUAGCUAUACUUAUCUAUAUAGUGUGUGUAUAUAUAUAUAUAUAUAUAUAUAUAUAUAUAUAUAUAUAUAUAUUAGCUCAUGGUAGAAAAACCACAGCUAGGGAGCAUCGCCAACUUACGCAUACAAAGUGAUCUUGUUUACAGUAUUCUGUUGACAGUGCCAAUAAAUGAUAAAGAAAUUAACGUCACAAUGUAACUGAUGACCAUCUGCACAAUUCCAUGAAUACUUCCUGUGUUAAUCAGUAUUGUUAAAUU